AUGCAACCACAAAGUCCACACUCCUCCCUACAUGUGCGGCCCAUCAUCUUGGGCUUUGCCAAAAUCUUGUUCCUCUCUCUAGGACAGAUACCCAUCGUUCGAGCUGCGCCGGUCUACGCCACACAACUGUUCUCCACUGCCGAUGAUACAGAAGGGAAAGAUCCGGAUGAUCCAGGGCUAUGGAUAUACUUGACUGUUGCGGCAAUCCUUGUUCUAUUGGGAGGGGCAUUUGCUGGGUUGACUAUUGCGCUGAUGGGACAGGAUGAGAUAUACCUCCAAGUCAUCAAGGACUCUGGUGAAGGGACAGAGAGGGCGCAUGCUGCCAAGGUGCUUAAGUUGCUCCGGAAAGGAAAGCAUUGGGUCCUGGUUACGUUGUUGUUGAGCAAUGUAAUCACUAACGAGACUCUCCCUAUUGUGCUCGAUCGGUCGCUGGGCGGUGGGUGGCCUGCCGUCUUGGGAUCGACUGUUUUGAUCGUCAUAUUUGGUGAAAUAGCUCCUCAGUCCGUUUGUGUCCGUUAUGGCCUCCCCAUCGGCUCCUGGAUGGCACCAUUCGUCUUGAUCCUCAUGUACAUUCUGGCGCCUGUGGCAUGGCCAACCGCAAAACUACUGGACUAUCUCCUGGGAGAGGAUCAUGGAACAACAUACAAGAAAGCCGGGCUCAAAACAUUAGUAUCGCUGCACAGGAAUCUUGGAGACGCUGGUCAGCAGCUCAAUGCCGAUGAGGUGACCAUAAUUAGUGCAGUUCUUGACCUCAAGGACAAGCCUGUGGGCAGCAUCAUGACUCCAAUGGAAGAUGUAUUCACCCUGUCUCUCGACGACGUUCUAGACGAAUCCACCAUGGACGACAUUCUGUCACAGGGCUAUUCGAGAAUACCCAUCCACCACCCAGAUAAUGACUCCAACUUUGUGGGCAUGUUGCUGGUCAAAAUGCUCAUCACGUACGACCCAGAGGACGCAAAACCUGUCCGGGACUUUGCUUUGGCCACUCUACCAGAGACUCGACCCGACACCAGUUGUCUGGACAUUGUAAACUUCUUCCAAGAAGGCAAAUCCCACAUGGUCCUUGUAUCAGAGUAUCCUGGAGAAGAUCACGGCGCUCUUGGUGUUGUCACUCUGGAGGACGUUAUCGAGGAGCUGAUUGGCGAAGAAAUUGUGGAUGAAUCCGACGUGUUUAUCGAUGUGCACAAAGCGAUUCGACGAGCUAUGCCUGCACCGACCAGGCGAAUCCCAAAGACGUAUAUCCUUCCUGACGAACCCUCGACAAUCAAUGGCGCGACCCCUGACCUGGUCAACAUUGACGAAAGUGAAAUACUCUCCCCCGAGGACUUACAGCGGGCCAAGACCGCGGAUCAUCCACCACAGAAGCCGAAAGGACCGGCAGGCGCUAGAAGACGCUCAAGUGCAGGAAACAGUGUGGGUGGAGACAGCAAGGCUGGCCGCAGAGCCGCAAGCACCGACGAACUCAAGGAGCAUCUGAAGCACCUAGGACCCUCCAACCUGGCGAGCAGGCCGAGGUCCACGCGGUAUAACACGGUGAAAAUCAAGCCUGGUAGCAGCACAGCCGCAAAGGAGGAUGAAGCCCGAGCGACUCCGGUCCGUCGGAUCUCCGAAAACGUUUCAGAAUAUCAAACUGGCAUUGGUGAAGGCCUGCUCAGCUCGGGUGGUAAAAUCGCCUCUGGUGGUGUGCAAGCCUUGAAGCAGGGAUAUGGUUCUCUUUCUGGCUCGCCCAAUGAAAGGAGGCCGCCCAGUGCAGCUAAGGGAUCACACGCAGAUUCAGCACAUGAGCAGGAAUCCAACCAUCGCAGCACUGGAGCCAAGGAUAUACACCAAUCUCGACCCUCUGCAAGAACAUUCGACAGCCAGAGCACCAUUGGUAGCUUGCCCGACUCGCGAACCCAGUCAAGAAGCCCCUAUUACCACUCCAAGGGUCCAGCCCGAAGUGGUAGUAUCACAGAAAACAUUGUCGACACUAACGGUUUCCGAAAGGUUGUGCUUGAGAUGACGUCAAGUAGCGAGUCGAAUGAGGAGGAAGAGAAUUCAGGAGCCAACAAGGGGCAUCACGCGUAUGAUGAACGCAGAAAUCUAUCGGGGGUGAAACUGCGAGGCGGCAGCCAUGAGCAUAUUCCUGAACCCCAUGAUGAUGACUCCAAAAAGAAAAAGCGCCGGAAAAAGAAGCACAGCCACGGCAACGGAAAAGGGGAACGUGAACCGCUGUUGGGCGACUAG